GUUUGUUUUCUACCUAAAUAUAUUAUUAAAACAAUAGGGUAUGUGAUAAAAAUAUCUUGUUGUGGAGUAUAUAUGAGAUAUGUAUUAUUAUAACAAAAAAUCGAUAUAUCGUAAUUUAGUUAUUGAAAUGAAAAGAAACAACAGAGCCAUUGCUACCUCCAAGUCAACAAAGAAGGUGAAUACGUCUAAUUUUUCUUAAAGGAGAAGAAAUAGGAUCAUCCGCUUGGCAGUUGAGUAUAGUACUUUUAAUGACUUGUAUUUACCCUAUUUGUUAUUAAAGUAUGAUAAAAUGUCCUGGUAUCAUCAAUGGUCUGACGGAUUAAAGAAGAGAGCCUGUAGAUAUUUACUACAAAGGUAUUUAGGACAGUUUUUAGAAGAAAAACUUAGCCUAGAUCAACUUGAAGUAAAUGUAUUCAAUGGAACUGGGUCUGUAUCUAAUGUUAGUUUGGAUGUCCAAGCUCUCAAUGACCUAGGAGAAAAAAAAAAUUUACCAAUUGAAUUUGUGGAUGGAUUUUUGGCUGAAAUAUCUGUAUCGAUUCCUUGGGCAACCCUUCUUACUGAUUCUAUUUUCAUUGAAGUGUCUGGAUUACAAAUAACUAUACAGCCUAGGCAAAGAGUUGACAAUGGAGAAUCUAUGUUGGAAUCAGUAUGGAGUUCCAUGGCUAGUAGCAUGCAGCUGGCUGCUGAAUGUUUUCAACAAGAUUCUACACUACAAGAUGAAACAGUUUUAGAAAAUGAAAAUACUAUGGAAGGUGUUGAAAUAUUUGCUCAAACUAUUGAAUCUGUACUAACCCGUGUUAAAAUUAAGUUUAUUGACACCACAUUACGUUUAGAACAUUUGCCAAAAGGAGGGAAAAAUGGAAUAGCUGUAGAAAUUAGAAUAAAAAUAAUAGAAUAUUGUGAUGAAACUAGUGAUGAGGGCAAUGAUAGCGAAGACAAAAAAAUGCCCAUGUUUAGUAUUAAAAAAUUUCAUUGUGAUGGAAUUUGUUUUUACACAGAUGAAUUCCCAGUUGAAAGUAGAACUUUUUCCCGCUCAGUUCUACUUGAAGAAAGUGAUAUGAGUAGGAGUUGUAACAAAGAAAAGAUAGAACCUGUUCCAAUAUUAAUAUGUAAACUAUCAGGUGUUCAAGAAAUUAGACUUAAAUCUAAAAAGUUGGAAAAUAUUACUCCAGGACCAAAAUUUGAUUUAGAUUUUUCUUUUGGUUCGUUGUCAUUAUUUCUUUCUCCAAGGCAACUUCAUUUAUUAAUUGAAAUUGUUCACAGUUUAAGUAUUCCUCACAUUCAGGAUACUAGCAAUGUAAAAUAUAAGAAAAGUGGUGAUAAAAUGUUAACGUCUGAAGACUACAAGAAAAUAGAGCAAGAUUUAAAUGAUAAAUUAAACCUACAAGGUGCUUGUAAUAUAAACAAAACUGUAUUAGGUAAGGGUUGGGUUUCUAAUUCUAUGGAAGAAAGUUAUGAAGAAUUUUUUCCUUUUGGUGCAAGAUGUUCUCAGUCAGCUAGUCUGUAUUCAAACAAUACUGACAUGUCUUGGGAAACAAGUGCUUCUACUGUAUAUAAUAGCAAAGCUGAUCUUCAUUCUUAUGCAUCAUCUAAUUUAGGUAUGUAUCAUGAUAAGUUAGAAAAGGGAAAGUCAUCUGAUUAUGAAUUAUGUGGAGAAAUAACAGCCUUCCACUUAAGAUUGUCAAGUAUAGCUGUGGUAAUUUUGCAUGAAGACAUUUUAACAUUUGGUGUCGAUACUUAUACACUCACGCCAUCUUCCGUCUCAACACUGAAUAAUUUAUCAAUUCAGUUUUUUGAUCAAAUUGGAAAAGGUGGCAUUUUUGGUGGCAGUAACAAAGAUUUUGAAUUUUCGAAAGCUUCCUUUCUAAAUGCCUGUAAUCUUGAUCAUAUAAGGAUAAUGGGUGCAGCCAUCAUUGUGGAAGGAAAGGAAGGGGGAAGUUUAUACAACAGAUUCUGUAACACCAGGAUUUCUGUAGCUAAUUUUGAACUUUUAGAAUGCCUUAUUGAACCAAAUUCUGGAAAACCAGAAUAUGUUGAAUUAUUAAAAUUUAUGAAAAAUUCUCAGGAAUGCCCUAUUGAAGCUCAUUAUCCUAUUUCAAAUCAACCUGACCUAAAAGUGUAUAUUGUUCAAAACAAGAAAACAAGACCAUCACACAUUUCUACUAAAACUGAAGUAACAUUUUCUUUACAGCAAUGUUUGUGUGAAAUUGAUCUUUCAUUGUAUGAUAGAUUAUCUUCCUUGUUGAAUGGUCAGCCUCUGUGUCACACAGAUUUUAUAUCAAAAGGCUUUCCAAAGAAUACUCCUUUUUAUGAAGCCUUUGAAAAUACUACUAUUAUAGAUCAUCACAUCAGUUUGAAAAUUCAAUGCCCCUUUUUUGUAUUAAAAUUCAGAUUUCCUAUACCUGAUCUCCGCCCUGAUAUUGAUAAAGGCAGACAUCCUUGGUGGAAAAGGUCAAUAAGAAAAGAUGUGUUGUAUAUUAAUUUAGUUGACCCAAUUUUUCAAACAGAAAUAAAUUAUCUUGGGGCAUUUGUCGACUAUAAUUUACAAUGCAGUCGUAUAACUCUAUUAUUCCAAGAAGGCGAUUCAAAUGUCCCUGUUCCAUUUUUGUACUCAGCACCAAAAGAUGCUAAUGAAUCUGUACAGCAUCACUUUUAUGAAUUUCCGAGACUUUCCAUUAAACUUAGUUCCCCCAAAGCUAUUGAUGAGAUGGAAGAUAAUGGAGAGAAAGAUGAUGCUAAUGGGCUAACUUGUUCAUUUAUGGAAACACCAAUUAAAGAACCAUCACCAUUUACUUCAAAACGAUUUGUUAAAAGUAAUCCAUCUGAUAAUGCUUCUGAAGGAGAAGAAAUCAUUACUCCGUCUAAUAAAGAAGAUUUGAAUAAAUUUAUUAAUGAUUCACUCGAAAAUUCAAGUAUUCAAAUUGAUGUUAUACUGCCUUAUAUCCAUGUAGAUUUUUCAUCUAAACAUCUUUAUGAAGUGUUGUACAAUAGGUUUAGUUCUGAUAUUUCAUUAUGGCAAUCUUCAGCUUUGAAAGUUACUCCUAUUAAUUUAAGUUCAGAUUCUGAUAAUAUUUUUCCAUCUGGUUUCAUUGGCAAAUCUUUCUCUCUAUGCAAAUCUGGACUUCAAUUAGGAGAUUUUGAUGAUGAAUUUGUUCAUUCUGGGUAUCAUCCAACUUCAUUAGAUCAAAAGCCUAUUUAUAAAUUUAAUCAACAAAGCCAUCUAGCUUUUAAAAUUCAAAUAAACAGUGGUUACCUUAAUAUUUGUCCUAAUUUAAAAGAUUCAUCUGGUAAUAUAGUUCCCGACAAACAUGGACAGCUUCAGUUUACCUUGGAUAAAGCUAACAUAUUCAGUGUCAAUAAUUAUAAAGGAACUUUACAGAAAAAUUAUGUUUGUUUCCAAGUUGAAAAUAUGCGUAUGAUGCAUCAGCCAGUUGUCGAAAAUACUCAUAAAAAUUCUGACUCUUAUUUAAAAGACAUUAUUUAUAAAAGUAAGGAAGGGAUGUUACAUAAUAAAGUAGAUGUUUCACAAACUAAUACCAAGCCUGAUAUGUUCACUGCAGCUAUUAGUUCUAGUAUAGAUUCAAGAAGAGUGAAGACAAUUUGUGUUGCUUGUGGUAUUAAUGGUGCCACUUUAAGACAUUAUGUUUCUCAAUCUGAGCACUCUUGGUUAACACAACUAUUGGAUUUUUUUGAUGUUGUUGACUAUCCAGUGAAAGGGUAUGAUUCUCCUCAAGCUCUUACAGAGCUCCAUUUUAAUCUAGAAGACUCUGCAGUGGACUAUAGACCUAAAUACCUCAAAACCCAAUGUGUGAUCUAUUUUGGAAAUUUCAGUAUCAUUAGUUCUAUGUCAGCAAAAAUAAAAUCUUCAAGAUUGCGUUUUAUAGCAGAAGAAACUAAUUUAUUUAUUUCUGAAAAAUGUUCUAAACACAUUGAUAUAAACUUGCGAAAUGACUACAUUUCAGUUAUAGAUCUUGGUUUGUUUGACCUUUCGUUACAACUUAAUGAUCAGCCUGACCUUCCAAAAGUUGAUUUAAGAGCUUCUAGCGACAUAUUAAAUAUUCGAACGUGUGUUGAUUCCGCGUGUUCAUUAGCUCAAUUAAUAAAAUAUUAUGCUUCAAAUGGGGAUAUGAAUGUAAUUCAACAAGAAGAAGAGAAUCAAUCAACAGAUCCAUAUUUGGAAAAAACCUCUGAGAGUGAUGAUACUGAUCCAUCUUCUCCAAGUCGAGGGGAAGUUCAAGGUAUGAUGGAAGAUGCAAUGAAAGAAAUAACUAGUGACAUUGAAUCUGUUAAAGUAUCUGAUCAAGAAGUAAACGAUGAAGUUGAAGUUUUUUAUUUCCCUGACGAAGGCAAAAAAUUCGAGGGCAAAGAGUGUGUAUUUGAUUGGGCUGCUGGGGAUAUUGAUUCUGAAAGUGAAUUUUGUUUUGUCGAUCAUGAGAGUGCUGCAGAUUAUCCUAACCCCAAUUCACCUCCAAUAGUCCGAAUACUGACUAAUGAUCCUAUUGUUAUAAUAGACAAUUAUUUUACUGUUUCUCCCGGAAAAAUCGACCAUCUUCUUGCACCUAAGCAUUAUCCCUCUCCUGUUUACAUAUAUACUCUAUCAGAUAUAAAUGUUGUAUGGCAUAUGUUUGGUGGAAAUGACUUCAGUUGUACUACUGUUGCCAAAAAAAAUAUAUCAUUUGAUUUAACAGAUAAUAAUAAGUCAAGCAUUGAGAUCAAUACAGAAACUGAUCCGUUUGGUGUUGGGUAUAAAAAAACAUGCUCUGCUAAGUACUGCAAAAAUGGCAAGAACGCCAGAAAUAAAAGAAACAAAAAAUGGUAUGUUGUUGGUGGGCAAAAUAGAAAGCAUGAUGUAUUGAUGCAGCUAAACUUUAGUAAGCUUCGUUUUCAACAUGAAAUUUAUCCUGAAAAAACAACUCAAGCGUCAAGACAGGUUUUAUUGAUUCAUAAUUUUGAAAUAUGCGAUAAACUUAAAUCAUCUGAAAUAAAUAAAUUUUUAUAUCAAUACUCAAGUGAAACAAAGCCACUUCAGUCCAAUGCUAAUAUGAUAAUGGUGAAAGCUGUACAUUUACGUCCAGAUACAAGAAGAGAUGUGCAGGAAACUUGUUUGAAAAUAUCAAUGCUUCCUCUGAGAUUAAAUAUAGACCAAGAUUCAAUUGAGUUUUUAAUUGAUUUCUUGUAUAAACUAUCUGUUAUGAAUACCAAACAAAAUCCGAAGAAAGGUUUAUCUCAUCACCCAAGUGGAAAAAAAUAUAAUCCUAAAUGUCAACUUCAUGAUAAUUAUAAAGAUCAACAAUCAAACAGAACCCAAACUGAUGAAGAAAUGACUUCUGAGAAUAUAUCUAAAUCUCAUUCUUCUCCUUUAUACAUAAAAAAAUUUGUUUUUUCCCCAGAAGUACCUAUAAGAAUAGAUUAUGUGGGGAAAAGAGUAGAUAUGAGCCAUGGGCCGAUGGCAGGCAUUAUAAUGGGACUUGGGCAGCUCAACUGCCUUCAAAUCAAAUUAAAAAGACUUUCUUACAAACAUGGAUUAUUAGGAUUAGACAGGCUUAUAAAAUAUGCUUGUGAUGAAUGGAUCCAUGAUAUUACUAAAACUCAAAUCCCUAGCUUAAUUGGUGGUGUUGGUCCUAUGCAUGCUCUUUUUCAAUUGUUUGCUGGAAUCAAAGACCUUUUCUGGCUUCCAAUAGAGCAAUAUCAAAAGGAUGGAAGAAUAUUUCGAGGCAUUCAAAGAGGAGCAAAUUCUUUCACUACUUCUACAGUAAUAGCUGCUUUGGAACUGACUGCUAGGAUUGUUCAAGCCAUUCAAAGUAUUGCAGAAGCAGCAUUCGACAUGGUAUCGCCUGGCCCUAGUGUAAGAAGAAUACAUGGUACAAAAUCUAAAAAACCUCACAGAUAUUCCCAUCCUGCAGAUAUUAGAGAAGGUGUUACAAAUGCUUAUGCCUUGGUUAAGGAAGGAUUAGAAGAGACAGCUGAGACAUUAGUUCGAGUAGCCAGUGCAGAAGCAGAACAGAAAGGUGCCGUUGGAGCUGUUGGCGGUGUCCUCAGGCAACUUCCACCGUCUAUGGUAGCUCCUAUUAUUAUAGCUAGUGCAGCUACUUCCAAUCUUAUUGGUGGAGUGAGAAAUCAACUUGCUCCUGAUUCCAGAAGAGAAGCUUCUUUUAAAUGGAAAAAUAAUGAAACUUGAGUUUAUAAACAUCACAAUUAAAAACUGUACGUACAUUUUAAAAAACAGUUAUUGUAUAUUAACUUUAAUUUAAACUUAAGCAUUUUACGCUUGUGAGCAAAAUCUUGUUGCUAUAAUUUACAUUUUUGUGUAUACAUUUUAUUCUUUCAGGGAUGUCAAAUUUUGUAUUUUGUUAAUAAAAUAAAAUAUAGACUGUCUCUCUUAUACCUAUGCAUCACAUUUUAUUUUUAUAUUUUAUUUAUGUGUUAUUAACUUUUUAACAUGCCUUUAAGACAGUCCAAAUCGCCAAUUAAAUCUAAAAACGUUUUUAUGUAUAUUAUAUUGUGUUGUAUAAAUAUGAAUAUUAUAUUAUACAUAAUUUUUUAAUAAUUGAAGUUAGGUAUAUUUGUGUGAUUAUUUCUGGAUUGAAAUGUUUUUUUUUUUUAAUUUGUGGAUGGGUUCAGCUAGUUUUUGAAUAUACUGAGUUAUUUCUAUAAAAUUAUGUAUAUUUUUUCAUUAAGCCUUUAGGCCCCCCACUUUUUUUUUUCUUUUUUUUUAAGAACAUAACUGUAUAAUGUUAGUGAUAAUAUGAUAACUAGUCACAGCUAUUGAUUAAGUUAGACCAUCUGGUAUCCAUGUUAGUUUUGUUUUGAAGUUCAUGAUGAAUGUUGGUCCAAAUCAUUUAUACGCUUCUUUCAAAUUAAGUUUUUAUACUUAAUUCUGGAAGUUAGUUGAAAGGAAAUAGAUUAAUUAUUUUUUUAUAUAGAUUUGCUGUAUUUUUUAAUAAAUAAAUGUUUGAUUAUGAAGUUUUGUGUACUUAUAUGAAAGAAUAUAUAUAUACAUAUAUAAUCCCUUAUCAAAUCUAAAUGAUACACCGAUUUCUAGUU